GUUUAGACUUCCUAUCACGUGGUGCAGUAGCUUCCUUUCUUCUCAGAACCAAGGAAAGAGAAUACUUCGCAAAAUGGAGGGUCAUGAACAUAGGGAGCCUGAACAGCUCAGGAAGCUGUUCAUUGGGGGCCUAAGUUUUGAAACCACUGAGGAAAGUUUAAGGAUCCAUUUUGAACAAUGGGGAAACCUCACAGACAGUGUGGUAAUGCGGGACCCAAACAACAAGCGCUCGAGAGGGUUCGGCUUUGUAACAUACUCCUGUGUGGAGGAGGUGGAUGCCUGCAUGGCAGCUCGCCCUCAUAAGGUGGACGGACGUGUUGUUGAACCUAAAAGGGCUGUAUCGAGAGAGGACUCUAACAGACCGGGUGCCCACCUGACGGUGAAGAAAAUAUUUGUUGGGGGGAUCAAGGAGGACACACGGGAGGACCAUAUCAGGGAGUACUUUGAGACCUACGGGAGGAUCGAGACCAUUGACAUUAUGGAGGAACGCGCAACUGGGAAAAAGAGGGGAUUCUGCUUUGUCUCAUUUGAUGACAAUGACACUGUGGAUAAAAUUGUUGCUCAGAAAUACCAUACAAUAAACAGCCACAACUGCGAAGUCAGAAAAGCACUCCCAAAACAGGAAAUGGAGGCGUCCAAUCAGAGGAAUAGGGGUGGUGGCUCUGGAAACUUCAUGGGCAGAGGUGGUAACUCUGGUGGUGGCAACUUUGGGCAAGGAGGCUACGGUGGCGGAAGAGGAGGGGAUGGAUACAAUGGAUACGGUGGAGAGGGUGGAAACUACAGUGGGGGACCUGGCUACAGAGGUGGACGUGGUGGCGGGUAUGGGGGAGGAAGUCCUGGGUAUGGUAACCAGGGAGGAGGCUUUGGAGGAGGAUAUGAUAACUACAACGACAGAGGCAACUUUAGAGGGAACUUUGGUGGUGGAAGGGGCGGAAAUUACAAUGACUUUGGCAACUACGGAGGACCACAAUCUAGCUAUGGUCCCAUGAAGGGGAACAACUUUGGUGGCAGAAACUCUGGUGGUGGCCCCUAUGGAGGUGGCUACGGCUCAGGCGGUGGAAGUGGGCAUGGCUACGGCUCACAGCGAUAUUGAUACUAUGACGCUCGGAUCGUGAAAGAAGCAUUACGACUACUCUUAAAGGCUGAAAAUCUAAUGACACGAUUACAUGGACAUUUCUGGAUGGGUAAGACUUAAGUAAAUCUCAAAGUAUACUGCAAGUUGUAAGACUGCACACACCAACAUUCAAAUAGGGGUGAACAAUUGCUGUUGAAUAUGGAAUCCCUUCUCAGUAAAAUGGUACCAUUCACUACAUCUUUGGCCAUUUUUAAGGAUCUCUUGCAUUUCUUGCACAGCUCACUGAUCUCUGGGAGUCUGCAGAACAGACUUUACAUUCACGCAGGCUUACAUUACAGGUAUCUUGAUAUUUUGCUCUGCAUCAUUUUAAAGAUUUUCUAUACAUCGCUUUGAAAGGUAACAUUUAAAAAGUGUAACUUAAUUAAGGAUGAUGAUUUUUUUCACCCCCUGGUCAGACAAGGUAGGUAUCAUAUAUACUAGUUUGAAUAAAUUAAUCCAAGUAUGCAUGUCUAUUAGAUGUGUUUCUUGAAUAAAGACAUCUCUCCUAAAAGGAAUUAGUGAUAUUUUAUGUACAGUACCAGUCAAAGGUUUGGACAUAACUUCAUUCAAGGGUUUUUAUUUAUCCUUACUAUUUUCUACGUUUUAGAAUAAUAGUGAUGUCAAAACUAUGAAAUAACACAAUAAUAUAGUAACCAAAAAAGUGUUAGACAAAUCAAAAUAUAUUUUAGAUUCAUCAAAGUAGCCACCCUUUGCCUUGAUAGCUUUGCACACUCUUGGCAUUCUAUCAACCAGCUUCACCUGGGAUGCUUUUCCAACAGUCUUGAAGGAGUUGCCACAUAUGCUGAGCACUUGUUGGCUGCUUUUCCUUUACUCUGCGGUCCAUCUCAAUUAGGUUGAGGUUGGGUGAUUGUGGAGGCCAGGUCAUCUGAUGUAGCACUCCAUCACUCUUCUCCAUGGUCAAAUAGCCCUUACACAGCCUGGAGGUUUGUUGGGUCAUUGUCCUGUUGAAAAACAAAUGAUAGUCCCUCUAAGCGCUAACAAGAUGGGAUGGGUUUAUCGCUGCACAAUGCUGUAGUUGCCAUGCGGGUUAAGUGUACCUUGAAUUCUAAAUAAAUCACCAGCAAGGCACCAUCACACCUCCAUUAUUCACGGUGGGAACCACACACAGGGUCCUGUGUGGCUCAGUCGGUAGAGCAUGGCGCUUGCAACGCCAAGCGUCGUGGGUUCGAUUCCCGAUGGGGCCACCCAUAUGUAAAAGUAAUGGCCCCAGCCGACUUGUAAGUCGCUUUGGACAAAAGCGUCUGCUAAAUGGGAUAUAUUUUAUUUUAUAUUUAAGUGGAGAUCAUGCGUUCACCUACUCUGCGUCUCACAAAGACACAGCGGUUGGAACCAAAAAUCGCUAAUUUGGAUUCAACAGACUAACCAUUGCUCGUGUUUCUUGGCCCAAGCAAGUCUUCUUGUUAUUGAUGUCCUUUCAUAGUGGUUUCUUUGCAGCAAUUUGACCAUGAUGGUCUGAUUCAUGCCGUCUCCUCUGAACAGUGGAUGUUGAUGUGUCUUACUUAAACGCUGAAGCAUACAUUUGGGCUGCAAUUUCUAAGGCUGGUAACUCCAAGGAACAUAUCCUCUGCAGUUGAGGUAACUCGGGGUCUUUCUUUCCUGUGGCGAUCCUCAUGAGAGCUAGUUUCAUCAUAGCGCUUAAUGGUUUUUGCGACAGCACUUGAAGAAACGUUCAAAUUCUUGAAAUGUUCCGGAUUGACUGACCUUCAUGUCUUAAAGUAAUGAUGGACUGAUGUUUCUCUUUGCUUAUUUGAGCUGUUCUUGCUAUAAUAUGGACUUGGUCUUUUACCUAAUAGGGCUAUCUUCUGUAUACCCCCCUACCUUGUCACAACGCAACUGAUUUGGCUCAAACACAUUAAGGAAAGAAAUUCCACAAAUUAACUUUAGCAAGGCACACCUGUUGAUUGAAAUUAAUUCCAGGUGACUACCUCAUGAAGCUGGUUGAGAGAAUGCCAAGGGUGUGUGAAGCUGUCAUCAAGGCAAAGGGUGGCUACUUGGAAGAAUCUCAAAUAUAUAAAAUAUAUUUUGAUUUGAUAACACUGUUUUGGUUACUACAUGAUUCCAUAGGUGUUAUUUCAUAAUUUUGAUGUCUUCACUAUUAUUCUACAAUGUAGGAAGUAUUAAAAAUAAAUAAAAACCCUUGAAUGAGGUGUGUCCCAACUUUUGACUGGUACUGUAUGAAAAGUGAUUUGAGAUUAUCCAUUUAUUGAGAACGCUGUGAAUACUCUAUGUGAAGCAAACAUGAUCUCUUUGUUUUGUUAGCCUCAAAGCCUCCGAAAAGAUUGGUUUGAGAGAGGGCGGAGAAAGAAGGCUUGGCGUUCAAAGGUAAUGUAUGUGGGUGAAAGGGCCUGGAACUGCAAAUACUACAAUGUGCAGUGCUAUGCUUUUUUCCAAUGUGUUUGUUCACUGGACCUUUUGGAAGUCGUCAUGCAUGGUUCACAUGAAGUGUAGCUGAAUAAUGGAGGUAACUGUUAUAGACCUGAAUAAAUGCAGUUGGAACCAGAGCCGUACAAGGCAUUCAUAAAGUGUUGAGACCCCUUCACUUUAUCCACAUUUUGUUACGUGACAGCCUUACUCUAAAAUUCAUGAAAUUGCCCCCCCCCUCUAAUUUACACGCAAUACCCCGUAAUCACAAGUCAAAAACAGGUUAAGACAUUUUUGCAAAUGUAUUAAUAAAAAAAGUAUCACAUUUACAUAAGUAUUCAGACCCAUUACUCUGUACUUUGUUGAAGCACCUUUGGCAAUGACACCCUCGAGUUUCUCCCAUUCUUUGCAGAUCCUCAAGCUCUGUCAGGUUGGAUGAGGAGUGACGCUGCACAGAUAUUUUCAGGUCUCUCCAGAGAUGUUCGAUCAGGUUCAAAUUCGGGCUUUGGCCUUCAGAGACUUGCCAAAGCCACUCCUGUGUUGCCUUGACUGUGUUCUUAGGGUCUUUGUCCUAUUGGAAGGUGAACCUCCGCCCUAGUCUGAGGUCCUGAGCACUCUGGAGCAGGUUUUCAACAAGUAUCUCUUUGUACUUUGCUCCGUUCAUCUUUCCCCCGAUCCGGACUAGUCUCCCAGUCCCUGCCUCUGAAAAACAUCCCCACAGCAUGAUGCUGCCUCAACCAUGCUUCACCGUAGGGAUGGUAUUGGCCAGGUGAUGAGCGGUGCCUGGUUUCCUCCAGAUGUAAUGCUUAAAAUUCAGGCCAUAAGUUCAAUCUUGGUUUCAUCAGACCAAAGAAUCUUGUUUCCAUCGUCUGAGAGCCUUUAGGCGUCUUUUUGCAAACUCCAAGCAGGCUGUCGUGCCUUUUUGCUGAGGAGUGGCUUCCGUCUGGCCACUCUACCAUAAAGACGCCUAACUGGUGGAGUGCUGCAGAGAUAGUUGUCCUUCUGGAAGGUUCUCCCAUUUCCACAAAGGAACUGUGGUGCUCUGACAGUGACAAUUGGAUUCUUGGUUACUUCCCUGACCAAGGCCCUUCUCCCCCGAUUGCUCAGUUUGACCGGGCGUGCCAACUCUAGGAAGAGUUGGUGGUUCCAAAAUUCUUCCAUUUAAGAAUGAUGGAGGCCACUGUGUUCUUGGGGAUCUUCAACGUUGCAGAAACGUUUUGGUACCCUUCCCCAGAUCUGUGCCUGACAUUAUCCUGUCUCUGAGGCAAUUCCUUCGACCUCAUGGCUUGGUUUUUGCUCUGACGUGCACUGUCAACUGUGAGACCUUAUAUAGAUAUGUGUGUGUGUUUGCAAAUCAUGUCCAAUCAAUUGAAUUUACCACAGGUGGACUCCAAUCAAGUUUUAGAAACAGUUCAAGGAUGAUCAAUGGAAACAGGAUGCACCUGAGCUCAAUUUCGAGUCUCAUAGCAAAUGGUCUGAAUAUUUACGUACAUCAGGUAUUUCUGUUUUUUAUACAUUUGCAAACAUUUCUAAAAACCUGUUUUUGAAUUGUCAUUGUGGGGUUUUGGAUGUAUAUUGAUGGGGGGGGGGGUAGAAUAAGGCUCUAACGUAACAAUGUGGAAAAGGUGGAAGGGGUCUGAAUACUUUCCGAAUGCACUGUAUAUUUAGUUAGGACUACUUGUAUAAUAUUAUUCAAAUUCUAGACAUUCAGUUAGAUAGCAUUGUUUAAAUUCUCCCCAAUGUUAAUGGGGCGCUAGCAUGGCUGUAAUAGAAUGUUGAAGUGUUAUGUCUGGUUGGAACUAUGUUUUAUUUAAGUGUUUUGGCUUUCACAAAAUAUUUUUAUAGAUUUUUAAAAGAUUCAGUUCAUAAUAUUCAAAACUAAGUUUAAUGUACAUCAUGGGCUUUCUGUUUUGUGGACAAUAAACAAGACUAUUGAAAAAAAAAACGAAGGUCUAACAUAGAUCAACCCAAUAGCUGUUUUGAUUACAUUGUGAAUGGCAUUUGAAUCCCUGUAAACCGUUUUGGUUUGUUCUGUUUUGAAAGACACAUAGUUACGCAAAUCCCAGUCAGCAAAGUCAUUAUGUUCAUCUGGCAUACAUUGUUGCAUAUUAUCAAAUCCAACUUUAUUUAUAUAGCAAAAUUCUUACAAAUUCUUUUCAAAGUGCUUAAAUAAAAUUAAAGGUGUAAAGAUCAAACGUUUCUAUGCAAAUAUAAAAUCAA